AUGGCGCACCCGGAGAGAACUGGAUUGGCAGGCUUGAGGAUUGAGACUUCGUUCCGCCAGCAGCGAUCAAGUUGGCCGGAACAGAAUGAGGCGGGGAGGAGGAGAUCGACGGCGGGUGGCGAUGGUAUCGAGAGCGACCGCACCAAGUUAAAUCAUGACUAUAACGCGCAUCGCCGCGAUACUAAUGAAGACCGCAGUGUGCUCAGUGAAAUGCAUUCAGUCACUCCUCCCAUCUCAGUACCUCGCCCCGAUGGACGUUCGCAGGACGACUCGUCUUAUCCUGACAGGCCGGACGAUGUCCAGGGCUCCCCGCUAGACAACUAUCUACAAACGCGUCGUUCCUCAAUCACCUUCAACCCGAAAGUGUCGCUUGAGUCAGGCUUGCAGCGCCCACUGGAAGAGCCUCUUGCCAAAGGCGAUGCCAGAAAUCGUCCCCCGCUGAAAUUCGAGUCCCGGACCUCAGGCCUCCGAAAUGCCCUCUCGCAAGACGAUGACUCCGCCAACAGGAAAUCUGGCCCGUGGGGGUAUGACUCCAAACGACCCCAUGAGGAGCGGGGUAUCCCGACCGGAGCCUCCCGCCAACGACACGCGGGGAGCCCGGAGAGUGAUUCCAUGCCUGGUACAGAGAUAGAUCAGCCAACGUCUCUCACAUCGCUUUCGACAGCAUCUCCCAUCGCAGACGAAGUACGUACGCCACCUAGCAGCGUCAAAGAUGCCUUGCUAUCACCACUUUAUAUCACUUCGCCAACGCAGUCAUUUGCGUCUCCGGAAGAUCGCAGCGCUUCAUGGUCCGGGGGUAUUAUAACUCCCUUUGGUAGCAAGACUCGCAGGUCCACCUUGGAUCGUAGCAGUAGUCUGCGCAGCUCUGCCACCCGGCAUGUUUCCCGACGGUCUACUAUGUCUAGUGGAAAGUCGCCCGCCAGUGCGUUCCUAUCCAUGUGGUCUGGCAAGGACGAGCCGGCUGCGUCCCCGGACGACGAAGGUCAGAUGGUGGGCACAGACUACGUGCUUGGAAAGCAGAUUGGCUUCGGGGGCUUCAGUGUGGUCAAGGAAGCCUACAAGGUCGAAGAGCACGGUACUACCAAGCGACUUGCUGUCAAAAUUGUCAAGAAGAAUGUUACCGAUCGCAGCGAGAGGGAGAACGAGGAAGUUCAGGCAGAGUUUGACCAUGAGGUUCGGGUUUGGCGGUAUCUCAAUCAUCCUCAUGUCUUGACCCUGGACGCCGUUUAUGAGACAGACUUUGCAACCUUCUGUUUCACUAAACUCGCCAUCGGUGGUACACUGUUCGAUCUGGUCCGCCAAAAUCGCCAGGGCCUUGACAUUACGCUUGCGAAGAAAUAUUCCUAUCAACUUGGCUGUGCAAUUCGCUACCUGCAUGAAGAUGCGCGAGUCGUUCACCGCGAUAUCAAGCUGGAAAAUUGCCUUCUUGACCCCAUCGAGACUCUUGAUGGCACGACAUCGUCGAACCUAGUACUUUGCGACUUUGGAAUGGCAGAAUGGAUGACCACAGACGAUGGUGGUGAAUCGCCCGACCCUUACGACGAGGUUGCGGAUCGGCCCCCGCCCAAGCACAUGGGCCCUGCCAACUCCAGUACCAGUGUUGCGGGCAGCCUAGAAUAUGCUUCCCCAGAGUUACUGGAAUCUUUGAACGGAGUUAUCCAUCCUUCGGUCGACAUUUGGGCCUUCGGUGUGAUUGUCUACACAGUGAUUGUUGGAUCGCGACCUUUCCAAGACUCCUUUGCCCCUCGCAUCAAGUCGAACAUUCUAAGUGGCACGUGGAACCGCGAAGCCAUGCUCAGCGGGGUUGCUGACGAGUCCUUGCAAAAGGACCGACAGGAUGCCCUCGACUUGGUCCUUGGCUGUCUUGAAAUGGACGUUCACAAGCGAUGGACCAUCCGUGACAUCUUGGCCAGCUCCUGGCUACGAGAAGUUGCUGAGAGUGAAGAAAGCUCGCCGGACUCGGUCUGGAAGCUUUAG